AUCGAAUACUCGAAAUCAGAAUCAUCUGGAGGAAAAUUGUAAACAAUCCGUGGUUUUGUGCGGAAAAUGUCCACGUAGCAUCGCGAUAACGAAUUUACUGUGUUAAUUAGUGCUCCACGUGUCACUGGAAAGCCUCCCCGAAGCACCAUGACGAAGCUAAUGCAGUGGUUGGCCGGUGUAUUCGCCUUUCUCGCAAUUUACAUUCCUCUCGUGACCGGCAUGGUUGACGUCGAAUGCCUCCGGAACUUUCAGUACGAAAUCAAAAUCCUGCCAAUUGUGCUCAUUGGUCUGUUUGGGAUUCACUCAAUAAAUGUCGUUCUCUAUCGCACCUUCACGAUCCGGGACUGCAAUGACGCAGCUGAGGAACUACAGAAAGACAUCAAAGAUGCCCGGGCAGACUUAAUUGCCAAGGGAUUCAAAUUUCGGGACUGAUGAGUCAGCCAGAAGGCGAACAAGCGGUUUACUUUUUACACUGGCAAGAGAAUUUUGGAGGUUUUCAAUGAAAAUCAAUUUAAAUUUCCCA